AUGGCUCCCUCUGCAGUCUCUCAAGAAUCAGUUACACCCCAGGCGAACAUCACCCCUCAGACGCAAGUCACUUUGGGUGGAAAGAUUAUUGCUAUUACCGGGGCCAACCGCGGAAUCGGCCUGGGGAUCGCCGAGUGCUGCCUUUCCAAUGGUGCAGCCAAGGUCUAUUCUAUUGACAUAGGGGAGACCGGAGAGGACUUCGUCGCCGUUUCCAAGCGCUUCCCCAGCCAGCUCUUCGCAACAAACGCCAAUGUAACCGAGGAAUCGACCAUCACCGCAGCAAUCGACAAAAUCAUCGAGGAGGCCGGUGCGCUGCACGGAAUGGUGGUAAAUGCCGGACGUACCCACCAUAAGGCUGCGCUCGACUUUACCAAGGAAGAGAUCGAGAACCUGUUCAACGUCAACCUCUUCGGUGCUUUCUACUCUGCUCGCGCUGCUGCCCGGGCAUUUAUGAAACUCGGCAUUAAGGGAUCCGUUGUCUUCACGGCCUCCAUGGCCUCUUACCGCCCCAAUAAGCGCGUCCCAUCUACUCCGUACGGUGCAUCCAAGGCCGGAAUUCGCAAUAUGACCCAUACCUUGGCAAUGGAAUGGGCUCAGUAUGGUAUUCGUGUCAACAGCGUCUCCCCAGGUUUGGUGAAGACCGCCAUGACAUACUGGGUGCCUCAACAGCCGGACUGGGAACAGCAGCUCAAGUACUAUGGUGGAUUUCCUCGGUUGGCCGAGGUGCAAGCACUUGGUGGUGCCUACGUGUACCUUCUGAGUGAAGCUGCCAGCUACACAACCUCGAUUGAUAUCCCAGUGAACGGUGUGAUUGGCAUUUGUUAA